AUGCUGAUCAAAGUAAAGACGUUGACUGGAAAAGAAGUUGAGUUGGACAUUGAGCCCAGCGAUAAGGUCGAAAGGAUUAAGGAGAAAGUAAGUUAUCGUUUUAUUAUCCACGGUUCUUAUUUUAGGUUGAAGAGAAAGAAGGAAUCCCUCCGCCACAACAGCGUCUAAUCUUUGCCGGUAAACAAAUGCUUGAUGAAAAAACAGCCCAGGAUUACAAAGUAAGCAUGGUGAAUACCGUAAGAUCAGGGGCAUAAAAAUUAAGGCGAUGAUAAUAUAGCACAUAGAUUCAAAAAUAUAUUCAUAUCUUCAAUUUUUUGGAGGUUAUUAUCAGUGAAAUCUCUGAAACAAUAAUUUUAGAUAUUACACGCUAACACAUUUAUUUACAGAUUAUCGGUGGAAGUGUAGUCCAUCUUGUUCUUGCUCUUCGUGGCGGAUUUUAG